AUGACCUUCUUCCAGCAAGUUCCUCCCAACGCUCAGGGUCGAAUGGCUAAAUUCGCGUUGAAUGACGAAUGCAUGUGCGGCUCGCACAUCGAUGCUGACUGUCCAGAUCUAGUAGCACGAAUUAUUAGGAUCGCUAUCCCCUUUGUGCCCAGAAUUCCCCUAAGGCCGCGAACUCAUAAUCUCUUGGCAGCCCCAACCACACGCACUGUAGCGCACAGAAACUCUCCGGCCAUGCGCUUUCUUUCUUGUAUUCUCCUCUGCUGCUCGUUAGCAAGCGGGCAGAUACUUUCCUCUCCUCUACCCCUCGGCGUGUCGCCCGUGUCCUACGUGCCUCCAGGUCUAACCCCAACACCACCGGUGGCCCCAACUAUCUUCCCCUUCGGCCCUACUCCAAGACCACUGGUCCCUGGAGUCGCUGGAUACAACAACCCGUAUUACAACCCUGCCGCGGGGCCUGCUGUGCCUAUUCUGACAUAUAGCAACGAUCAUGGCGCUGAUGGCAGCUAUUCUUACAGUUUUUCCACUGCCGAUGGAAAACAAGUUCAAGAAACUGGGUACCUGAAAGACGCUUAUAUCGACAACGCAGGGGAACCCCAAGGAACGCAGGUAGUGCAGGGCAGCUACGCCUACGUCGCGCCGGACGGCACGCCGAUUCAAGUCAGCUACAUCGCUGAUGAAAAUGGAUUCAGACCUUCAGGAGUUCACAUCCCCGCCAAUGGUAAAGGCGUGUUACCAGCACCCGUGCUAGACAAGGACGGCAAACCAAUCAUCGACCGAGCUUUCAACAAUCCCUACAGCCCCUUCAACCGCUUUGACGGCCGCAACAGCGGGUACAAUGGGUACAGCGGGUACAGCAGAUUGAACAGACCCUACGACCCGAGGUACCCGUAUGAUGCCCGGUAUCCCCAGGACCCUCGCAAAACCUACGACCCCAGGUACCCCUAUGAUCCCAGGUACCCUUACGAUCCGGCUACCUACAAUCCUUACAACCCCUACCGUCCCUCCUGGUUGAACAACGUAGACAACAACAACAAGCAGUAUAAGAAGGAGGAACCAAAAAAGGACGCAUAAAACGAUUGUAAUCAUGAGCUACUAGUUAUAUUGUGCUAGAUUAAUUAUAAUGAAAUUAAAGUACUGU